AUGCCGCCAUAUUUACCUGAUAUCUCCAAAUCUCAUGGCGUAUCGCAGUCAAACAACCAAGAAUGGAUUACCCUUCGGCCGCAUGAAACAUCAAGCGACAUAUCCGAUGGCCAGAAUGUCACAACUUCAAGCAAAGUCGACAUGUUUGUCGGCGACAGAUUCUUCCGUACGGUAGAGCCCAACUGCUUUGAUCCAGACGUCCGCAUUACAGAGAUGUAUGCUUCGGGGGUGGAUGUGCAGGUGAUCAGCACGGUGCCUGUGCUGUUCUCAUAUGACAAGCCUGCUGAGCCAGCCACGGCGAUGGCCCGAUACCUGAAUGACCACAUUGCAUCCGAUGUGGCUGCGUCGGUCAAGGAGCUGGAGCGCGCAAAGAAUGUGCUGGGGCUAAAAGGCGUGGAGAUUGGCACUGAGAUUAACGGAAAAAGCCUGAACAGUGCCGACUUUGAGAUGUUCUGGACCGCAUGUGAGGAGUUGGACUUUCCAAUAUUCAUCCACCCUCUUGGAUACGAGCUAGAGCAGGAGAAUAAGGAACGAUGGGGGAAGUACUGGUCAGCAUGGCUAAUUGGAAUGCCCAGCGAGACAGCGCUUGCAAUGCACUCCAUACUAUCAUCCGGUGUCUUGGUGCGCCAUCCAAAACUCCGUUUGUGCUUCGCCCACGCCGGUGGGGCUUACUUGCCUUUGCUGGGACGAAUUCAGCAUGGAUACGACUGUCGCCCUGAUCUGGUUGCGCACAGCUCCGAAGGAGUGCUUCCUCAGGACUAUUUCCAGUCACAGCAGAACAACAUCUGGCUCGACAGUUUGGUGCAUGACCCAGAUCUACUGCAGUAUAUCUGUAAGAAGAUCGGGGCGGAGAGAAUCAUUAUGGGCAGUGAUUACCCAUUCCCGCUCGGCGAGAUGCCAGUCCCCGGCAAGAUGCUGGCCAGUGAGGCGCAGGUGGGCAAUUUCCUUUCACAGGAAAACCGGGCGCGGAUGUUGUCAGGGAACGCUAUUGAAUUUCUAAAAUUGGAGGGCAUGUUUCCGAAGUUUGGUAUAUUCGCCUGCCUCAUCAUGGAUGUUAUUUCUACGCUAUGGGAGCUCGACACAUUGGAGAGCGCAAAUGACUACCUAGCCAGCCAUGGGUCCAAUGUCCCCCGUCUACACCACUUUAUCGAUGGCUACUUCAGUAGACAUUCAGAGUCAGUGAAAUGGAUUGAGUCAUUAAAUCCCCGUUCCGGGAACCUUCUGGUGCAAAUCCCCAACGGCCCGGUGACUGAAGUGGACCGCGCUGUGGAUGCGGCUUCCAGAGCGUUCCCAGCAUGGUCAAAGACAUCGCGACAUGAGAGAUCGCAGAUCUUGAUGCGAAUUUCUGACAUCCUGAGUGAGAAGAAAGAACUCUUCGCAGUCUGGGAGAGCAUUGAUCAGGGGAAGACCCUGGCUCGGGCCAGUGUGGAGAUUGAGCGUGCGAUUUCGAACUUCCGGUACUUUGCUACAUACAUUCUACACGAAGAGGGCGCAGUGCGAUACGUUGAUGGGCAAUCAUCCACCUUGACGUAUGAACAUCGAUCUCCCGUUGGAGUUUUUGGACUCAUCUCCCCAUGGAACAUGCCACUGUAUCUCCUGACGUGGAAGAUUGCUCCUUGUCUCGCAUUUGGAUGCACGGGUGUGGCAAAACCAAGCGAAGUCACUAGCAUAACAGGCUUUUUGCUAGGUGAAGUCUUCCGCCAAGCGAGGCUACCAGCCGGCGUGAUGAACCUUGUCUUUGGAGAUGGCCCAGCUACUGGAUCAGCACUCGUGAAGUCGUCGCACGUGCGAGGAAUUUCGUUUACCGGCGGCACAAGCACAGGCAUCCGUAUCCGACAGGACACCGUAGCUGACAUUGGGAAGCAUCUGUCGCUUGAGCUUGGUGGAAAGAAUCCAGCCUUGGUGUUUGACGAUGUUGACCUGUCUAAGGCUGUGCCUCUCGCUGCUCGGGCGGCUUUUGAGAACAGCGGGCAGAUAUGCCUUUGCGGCUCACGCAUUUACGUCCAGCGCGCAGUGUACGCGGACUUCCUGUCUGCGUUGGCGGAAUAUGUCAAAACCAAUUACAAGCUUGAAGAAACGAUGGGACCAGUUGUCUCGCGGGAGCAUUACAGGAAGGUUCGCUCCUAUCUAGUACAGGCGCGGGAAGAGAAUGCCGUUUUCCAUACGGGAGAGGUGCCAGACGAAGAGCCUCAGCAAGGCUUUUGGAUCGCGCCGACGGUACUCAGUGGCCUUAACACCGACAGUGGAGUCAUGCGCGAGGAGAUCUUUGGACCAGUCGUCACUGUGUGUCCGUUCGACACAGAAGAAGAGGCGAUCACGUUAGCAAACGACAACCCCAAUGGCCUGGCCAGUAUCGUCAUGACCAAUGAUAUGGCUCGCAUGCGCCGGGUGGGCGAGUGUAUCGAUGCUGGAUUGGUUUGGGUCAAUUGCUGGCUGGUUCGGGAGCUCGGCACAGGGUUUGGGGGCAUGAAGGCGUCUGGCACUGGCCGUGAAGGCGGAGCACACAGCCGUGAUGUCUUUACUAACCUCCGUACAGUUCAUGUUUCAGAUUUUUAG